AUGGCUCCCCAGAUCCGCCUCACGCAGCGGGACCCAAACACUACUCCGCUACCAUACACCGCGGCCCCGCUCUCCUUGCUAUGGAGCGACAUCUGCCUUUUCAUCCGGUAUGCAUGGGUUCUUCCGGCUCUCUUGUUUCCCCUUCGUCUGGGUCAAACGGAUGUGCUGGAUGAGCUUUAUCCGUCAUUCCAGGGUGUGCUAUCCCUAAUAAUGCAGGCAUUCCUCACCAUCUAUCAGCUGCUCUUCCUCCUCUCGCUGCCGUUUGUAAUUCUUUUCUUGACCCCCGCUCUCUGGAUGCUAUUUUACAUCGCCGCUGCGAUCAUCAUCAACUAUACAAUCUGCUUGUUUGUUCUCAAUGGGUUCCAGCGAGUACUGGUAUCCAAUGUCCCAGUAGCUGAACAGCCCCACCAUGGAAAAGAACGAUGGUUCUUCAUCAACGGCAUAGCCAGCGGUCGAUACUGGACGCAAAAUACUGUCAACCAACUAUCCUACACAUUCGGACGGAAAAUCACGGGAGGCUGGACCUAUCAGGCUGAUUUGAGUUACUUUUUGAGUGUCGGUCUUCCUUUCGAUCUCAUCGAAUGUUUGAUUCAACGCGACCUUACCUACGCUACUGGUGAUAUACGAAGAUCAUAUGUCCUUCUUAAAGAAGCACUGCUCGAUCCUGCCGUGGAAAAGGUGGUUCUUAUACUCCAUAGCCAAGGGGGUAUUGAAGGAGGUCUAGUCAUCGACUGGCUAUUAGAUGAAUUGCCCCAAGACCUCCUUCACCAGCUGGAGGUGUAUACGUUUGGGAAUGCCGCUAAUCACUUCAACAACCCUCAAUGCACAUUUCAAGGGCCAGUUGAAACCAACCAUUCCGGGUGUGCGCCGUCAGUUAGAAGAUCGAUUCGCUACAUUGAGCAUUAUGCCAACUCAAGGGAUACGGUGUCCCGCGUGGGUGUACUGCGAUUCGCCUACCUUCCAAAUCGAUACCUUGGCCGAUUGUUCAUUCGACCCGGGUCAGGCCAUCUGAUGAAUCAGCACUAUUUAGACAGCAUGUUUACCCUUGGGGCUGAUGGAAGGGUGCUGGAGUCUAAUCCAUUCAUGGACAUGGAAGUAGAGACAAAACCAGACGUCCUACUUGAGAGCAGUAAAAAGUCUCUGGGCAACACCAGCGGUCAUAAAGAGGAGACAUUAUCUCCUAUUGCAGGAUCCGUGGGCCAUACUCAAAAGCGGAUUGUUGUCCAAGAUGUUGUCCAUCAAGUCUUACGUGUUAAAGACUUCAGCCGCCUCUGGCGAUACAGAGACGGGAGAUCUCCGGAGACACAAGAGGCUGUGUGGUAG